CCUCGUGUCUCCCCCAGGUCUUCGUCACCAACCCGGACGGGUCACCGGCGCCUCAUGUCAGCGUCCAGGCCGAUGGGUUCCAGGGCCAGGUGUCCACCCAGCGCGACGGCACCGCCCGACUCGUGGUCAACAUGCCGGCCAACAAGGACAGCGUCCCCAUCACCGUGCGGACGGUGCAGGAGGGGCUGCCCCCCGAGCGCCAGGCGUCGCGGCAGAUGACGGCCCAGGCCUAUCGCAGCCAGGCCAACUCCGGAAACUUCCUGCACUUGGCCGUGCAGGCCACGGAGCUGAGGGCCGGGGAGAACCUGCCCGUCAACUUCCACCUCAAGACCAACAACAACGCCGUCCGCGACGCCGUCCAGUACUUCACCUACCUG